GAUCUGUUUUUGAGGAGGACACAACAUUAGAACAUAGAUCAGAAAAAUAGUGUAAUCUGGGCUCUUUACAUCAUGUUAUUGUUGUGUUUUUCUUUCAGAAAACUGUUUUUUAUCAAAGCUUCAGACGCCCUGGAGAAACGUGGAGUGGACGGAGGAAGAGAGGAGCGCCCUGGUGCAGAGGCUGUCCUCCUACGCCCCCUGCAGUCGGGACGUGGCACAGGCGCGUGUCCUCCUCGUGGGACCUGUGGGCUCGGGCAAGUCCAGCUUCAUCAGCUCAGUGCAGUCUGUGUUUGAGGGGAGAGUCACCAACAGAGCCAUGGUGGGACAGAGCCACGGCAGCUUUACAAAGAAGCUCCAGUGUUUCCCUCUUCGUUCCUCGGACAAGACCUGUGCUCUGGAGCUGUGGGACUCCAUGGGCUUUGGAGACUGUGGUGGACCCAGUCUGCAGCAGCUGCUCAGUGUGGUCAAAGGACACGCCCCCGACGGAUACCAGUUCCGAGUGGAUCAGGCUCUGUGCUCAGACACAGAGGGCUACAUAAAGCGCCCGGGCCUGAGGGAGCACAUGCACUGUGUGGCUUUUGUCCUGGACGCCUCCAAAGUCUCCACCUGCUCCGACAGCACCAGAGUCUUCCUCCAGCAGCUGAGGAGCUUCAUCACCGACCUGGGUGUUCAUCAGGUCGUCCUCCUGACUCAUGUGGACAAAAUCUGUAACGAAACUCAGAAGGACACGUCCGAGGUUUACAAGAGCAUCAUCGUUCGACAAGCGAUGUUUAAAGCGGCGGAGCUGGUGGGCAUGUCCCCGUCCUCCGUGGUGCCAGUGAGGAACUACUGGUGUGAACUCGAGCUGGACCUGAGCUCAGACGUCCUGCUGCUGCGAGCGCUGGAGCUACUGCUGCAGUACACCGACCUGUACUACAGGGAGCAGCAGAGAGCCCCCUCCAAACACGAACACUGAGCUGCAGUACACCCACCUGUACUGCAGGGAGCAGCAGAGAGCCCCCUCCAAACACGAACACUGAGCUGCAGUACACCCACCUGUACUGCAGGGAGCAGCAGAGAGCCCCCUCCAAACACGAACACUGAGUGUAUAGAGGAUUCACACACAUCAAAAUCUGGACUAAACUGGGACUAAAUUCAGGACUAAACCAGGACUGAACCAGGACUGAGCCAGGACUGAACCAGGACUAAACCAGGACUGAGCCAGGACUAAUACAGGACUAAAACAGGACUAAAACAGGACUGAACCAGGUCUAAACCAGGACUAGACCAGGACUGAGCCAGGACUAAUACAGGACUAAAACAGGACUAAAACAGGACUGAACCAGGUCUAAACCAGGACUAGACCAGGACUGAACCAGGACUGAACCAGGACUAAACCAGGACUGAACCAGGUCUAAACCAGGACUAGACCAGUACUGAACCAGGACUAAACCAGGACUGAACCAGGACUGAGCCAGGACUAAUACAGGACUAAAACAGGACUAAAACAGGACUGAACCAGGACUAAACCAGGACUGAACCAGGACUGAACCAGGUCUAAACCAGGACUAGACCAGGACUGAACCAGGACUGAACCAGGACUAAACCAGGACUGAACCAGGUCUAAACCAGGACUAGACCAGGACUGAACCAGGACUAAACCAGGACUGAACCAGGUCUAAACCAGGACUAGACCAGGACUGAACCAGGACUAAACCAGGAAUAAACUAGGUCCAGGACCAGAUUGGAACCAGACUGGGACUGAGACUAGGAUUUAGACCAGGGAACUGACACCAGGACUGAGGCCAAGACCGAGACUGGGACUGAGGCCAGGACGAGACUGGGACUGAGACCAGGAUCAGGAAUGAAAACGGUUUAGUCUUGUUUUAAUCUUGGUUUAGUCCUGGUUCAGCCCGUUAUCCGUUUUUUUCCAUUUUUCAUUUAAACACAAAAUCGAAAACUGAAAAAACGAAUCAUUAUCUGUUUUUUCAUUUUGGUUUUGGAGACAAAUAAUGAAGAAAACUGUUAUUUUCUUUUGGUUUUAUUUUGAAAAACGAAUGAACGAAUGAAACACGGAUUCAUAAUUAAUAUAAACUAAAUUAUAAACUUCACCAAAAAUGUAAAUAAUAUAAAAACUAGAAAGAUCUUUUAAUAAAAUAUAAUGGUGUUUUAAUGAAAUGAGUCUAACCUGUCGUGUAUUUUAAAGGUGGAUUGUGGAACUUUUCAAAUACUUUUCAACGUGGAGAUGUUACCGCUUUGUCUGGAAUGUUCCGCAGUGUGGCAUUAAACAAAACCCGCUCACAGUCGGAGUGUUUGUUUUUGUUUUCCGAGGUGUUUUUGAGCUGUAAAACCACCUGUAUAAUUGAAUAAAUGUAAGUUUGAGCUGUUUAAAGUCACACUGCGGAACAUUCCAGGCAGAGCAAAGUCAGAGUCUGUGUUUUUUAUUUACAUUUUUUAAAUUCAACAUUUUAAAAAUUUCAAAACACAAAACAGAACGGCUGCAGCUGAAAGUGUUAAAACAUGAGGUGCUCCUGUAGUUUUUAUCGACCUGUGACCACGUCCGUUAUCGAUUAUCUCUCGUUUUGUUUUGUUUUAAAUUCAUAAUAUUUUAAUUUUAAAAAGGUCUACAGGGAACAAAAAGGGGAAUGGGGCUUUAAUGUGUUGUAUAAUUUCAUUUUGUAAAUAUUUUAAUAAAGAUUUUGUAAAGUUUAA